GGGGUCGGAGGGCUGGGGUCCCGGGGCGAUCGCGGCCCGCGGGGCAACACGGGUCUCUGCGUGGCGUCUUCUCGUGGAAAGUCGGGGCGGCCAGGGGCUUCCCAGGCGUUUAUCUCGAAACUCUCCACUCCUGCUCUGGACUGAAAUUCACUGAGCCGCCCACACUUCCUGCUGCGGUUUCAAUCUCGAGCUGCUCUGGGCCCAUUUGUUGUGACAGCUGUCAGCAGCAGCUUCUCGACCGCCGGCCCCUCCCUGCCCCGUGCCAGCCCAGCGCUUCUCAGAACCGGAGGCGCCCGGGCCGCGCUGUCCGCGCGCGCGCGGCGCUUCCCACUGCGGCCGCGAUUCCUGAAAGUGACUGCGCGGGUUUUGAAGAACUUGCUCAAUGCUCUUUGAAGAAUCAACGGUUCCUCUUUCUGCCGAGGAACAUGCUGAUGGUUUGACGGUCACAGCAGCACCUCCUGCCAAUGGGAAGAAAGAACAGUCUGAAGAGGGUGACCUCCUGGAGCUGCCUGGGUCCCCCAGGCUCCCUGAUGAGCAGAGCAGGAGCCAGAGCCCCAUCCAGCUGGAGGACUCCCCUGAGGCAGGCAGGGAGCGGGAGGAGGAACAGGCCUUCCUGGUCAGCCUCUACAAGUUCAUGAAGGAGCGACACACGCCCAUCGAGAGGGUGCCCCAUCUUGGCUUCAAGCAGAUUAACCUGUGGAAGAUCUACAAGGCCGUGGAGAAGCUGGGGGCCUAUGAGCUGGUUACAGGCCGUCGUCUCUGGAAAAAUGUGUAUGAUGAGCUUGGGGGCAGCCCAGGGAGCACCAGCGCUGCCACAUGUACACGCCGCCACUACGAGAGGCUGGUCCUCCCAUAUGUGCGGCACCUGAAGGGGGAGGAUGACAAACCACUGCCCCCCAGCAAGCCCAGGAAGCAAUACAAGAUGGCCAAGGAGCUGAGGGAGCACGACGGGACCACUGAGAAGCCGAAGAAGGCCAAGGACUCGGAGAGGCGAGUGGACCAGACGAUGCCAGGAAAGACUAAAUCAGAUGCUACUGGUCAGACACAGCUUUCCAGCCAGGCACCCUCAAGGGAUGGCACAGAACAGCUGGGCCCAGCAUCUGGGCCCUCGCUUCCAUUCAUGGGUGCUAGUGGCUGCCCUGAGGCCUACAAGCGACUCUUGUCCAACUUUUACUGCAAAGGGGCACAUGGCAUCAUGUCACCACUGGCCAAAAAGAAACUCCUGGCCCAGGUCAGCAAGGCAGAGGCCUUGCAGUGCCGAGAAGAGGGCUGUCGCCACGGAGCAAGGAGCCCCGACAAGGACCUUCAAGAAAGCCCCCAGAACCUGAGAGGGCCGGCUGAGAACUCUGAACACCAGCUAGCCCCCCACAAAGGAUUGCAGGCCCCUGGUGGCAGCACCAGGGAGGAGACUCAGGUUGGCCCCUGCCCUACAGCCCCCACUUUCUCAGGCUGUUUUCAUGCAUACCCCACUGAGGUGCUGAAGCCUGUCAGCCAGCACCCCAGGGACUUCUUCUCUGGCCUUAAAGACAGGCUACCAUUGGGACCACCUGGCAAAGAGGAAGGGCUGGCAACCAAAGAGCCCCAGCUGGUGUGGGGUGGGGAUGCCAGCCGCCCCUCUGCAUUCCAUAAAGGUGGCUUCAGGAAAAGGAGUUUCUACCCCAAGCCCAAAGCCUGCUGGGUGUCCCCCAUGGCCAAGGUCCCUGCUGAGAGCCCUGGAGCCCCACCCCUGCUCCCCAGUAGCCCAGGCCUUGGCAAUAAGCGCAGCUUGGAAGAAGAGGGCUUUGCUCACAGCGGCAAAAAACUGAGGCCAGUGUCUCCGUUUCUGAAGGAGGUGGAUGCCAAGGAGUGCGGUGGCAAGGCUGCAGCGCCUGGCUUGGCUGUAUCCUGUGUACUGGGCCCGGCCCUGUGUCCCACUCCUCCAGAGGCCUACAGGGGCACCAUGCUGCGGUGUCCUCUAAACUUCACCGGUAGCCCAGACCCUCUUAAGGGCCAGCCCACGCUCCCCUUCAGCCCCCUAGUCAUCCCAGCCUUCCCCGCCCAUCUCCUGGCUACAACAGGCCCUUCACCCAUGGCUACCAGCCUGAUGCAUUUCCCUUCUGCAUCCUAUGACGCUGUCCUCCGCAACAGACUGGGUCCAGGUUCAUCCGCCUGGCACGUGCCACCCGUCACAAAUUACGUGCCACCUCACUUCUUCCACCUCAACACUAAGCUGUAGGCUGGAACCUAUCUUGCUAUGCUGUGGAGGAUUUGAUGGGGCCUCAAACGGGCAGGUGCCAUCGGGGGAUCUCAGGCCGCAGCCGACUGCCUAGAACUCCCAGGCCAGUUACCCUCCCCGAGUCCAUGCCCCUCUGGCACAGACAAGGGGAGGCAGUGGGCUUGUCUGAAUGAAGCAGCCUGAGUCCAAAAGCCCAGGGACCAAGUUGUGGUAAGAUC